AUGAAGUUCACCACCGCAUCCCUCGCUGGAGCCAUGUUGGCUGGUGGUGCCCUCGCUGCUCCUCGUCCUGGACUUGCCGAGCGUCUUGAGCAGCGCGGCGUCUUCCAACGCCAGUCCCAGCCCCCCAGCAAGAUUGACAACUCCGGUGAGGAAAACGGCGUUCUUCUCAAGGAAGGGUCCGGCGAUUCCAAUGUCCAGUACAGCAACAACUGGGCCGGUAUUGUCCGCGACAAGCCCCCUGCUAGCGCUACCUACUCAGCCGUCUCGGCCACUUUCACUGUUCCUAACCCUACGGCCACCGACAACUCGGGCGACAUGCAAGCUGCUUCCGCCUGGGUCGGUAUCGACGGUGAUACCUACACCAAGGCCAUUUUGCAGACUGGUAUCGACAGCUACAUUCAAAAUGGAGAGACAUCCUUCGACGCCUGGUACGAGUGGUACCCCAGCAGUGCCGAGAACUUCGACUUGGACCUGUCUGCCGGUGAUGUUAUUGUCGCCAUGGUCAAAUCCACCUCACCCAGUGAGGGAAUUGCCAUUAUCGAGAACAAGUCCUCCGGCAAGAGUGUGACCACGACCCUCUCGGCACCUUCUUCUGAUGCCACUCUGGGUGGCCAGAAUGCCGAAUGGAUCGUCGAGGACUUCAACACCGGCAGCUCCCAGGUCCCUCUUGCCAACUUCGGCAUGGUCACUUUCAGUGGUGCCCAGGCUAAGACCGACGAUGGUGACUACGGCGUGAACAAUGCCCAGAUCCUCGAUAUCCAGCAGAACGGCAAGGUACUUGCCGAUGUUAUUGUCGAGAGCGAUACUGAAUUUUCUGUCAUUUACCAAUAA